GUUUUCCCCAGUUAAUAUUAUUGAUUAAUUAUCUGUAUGUUACUUUAUACAGGCUAUACGUUCAGUCACGCCAAGUGACCCUGGAGGUCCGGGAACAACUAAGGUCAAAUGGAUGUGACAAUAAGAACUGUGUUCAGAUUCUGGAGUACGAUGACCUAGCUGAAGACCUCGGGAAUCUAAUGCAGCGUGUCAACAAAAUUUUAGUUCCAGAAUAUGUCAGCUACUUCAUUUACAGCCUAAUACCCGAGGCUAAGAGGUUCGUGCGGGAAUCACCACUGAUUUCUAUGAAGAUUGUGAAAAAUCCAACAGAAGUCAAAGGAAUGUUUAACGCACACGUAAGAAUUAUUUAUUAA